UAAUAAUUCCGUAAUCAUAUAGUGUCUUUAAAUGAUUAUAUAUAAUUUUGUGAUUUUACGAUGUACGUUUUAACGCAAAUACUUUUAACGUAUUUAUUACUGCUGAAUUUUGUAACCGGUGGUCCAGAAGAAGAACAAGGCGUUAAAUAUGCAAGUAAAUGCGAAGUUUGCAAAGUUGUUGCCACCGAAUUAGAGGCUAAAUUAGACGAGACCGGCAAAACGCAUGAUGUAUUGGAAAUUGGGUAUUCUGUGGAUGAUGUUUCGCCUAAAAGAAAGAAGGAAUAUAAGAAAUCAGAAUUGCGUUUAGUAGAAAGUAUGGAGGGUCUUUGUGAGCGAAUAUUAGAAUAUAAUAUUCACAAGGAACGAACAGAUAGUACAAGGUUUGCUAAAGGAAUGAGCCAAACAUUUAAAGCACUCCAUGGACUUAAAGAUAGAGGUGUAAAAGUUGAAUUAGGAAUUCCAUAUGAAUUAUGGGACAGACCAUCUGUUGAAAUUACAACUUUAAAAUCACAAUGUGAAAAUUUGCUUGAAAAUCAUGAAUCUGAUAUUGAAGAAUGGUAUCAUAACUAUCAAGGAAAAGUUCCUUUAAUUAGAUAUUUGUGCUCAGAAAGAGCAUUGAAAGAAGAUGAUGACACGUGUCUUAAAGAAAAAGGUGAAACUAACAGUGAAAUAAAGGAGAAAAAAAAGAAAAAACAGGAUGUAAAUGUAAAAAAUGAGGAAAAAGAUAUAAAACAAGAAUUAUAA